CGGGACCGAAAAGGCACUGCCCCGCCCACCCUGGAAGUACCGAGCGGAAGGUGACCGAACUUCGAACCUCCGGGAUUUGGCGCAGCGGCAAAGGAGAUGGAACCACCGUUGUUAAAUGACACAGAGGAGAUAGCUGCUUUGUAUCGUGAGCUUAGCCAGUUCCCAUCUCUUUCCAGUGCCUCUAUUGGGCCAGAGGUAACAACUCAGUAUGGUGGGAAAUACUGCAACGUUUACACAGAGUGGUCUCAGCGAGACUUGGAAAGAGCUGAAAAUAUAAAAUUCUGCCAUCAGUACCUCAUCUUCCAUGACAACCACUCCAUUGUGUACUCAAGCCCCUCUGGCAAUUGCACGGAAAUCAAGGGAGAGCUGCUCAGUCGGGACUCUCCAAGUGGAGCACAGAAAGCCGUUCUACGAAAGACUAGCAACACCAAAGGCGAAGAGAAACAGUUCCUAGAGGUGUGGGAAAAGAACCGCAAGGUGAAGAGCAUCGAGUUGACAGCCCUGGAGAAGCAUGGCCAAGUGUACGAGGAUGACCAAUUUGGCUGCUUGGCCUGGUCACACUCCGAGACGCACCUUCUCUACGUGGCGGAGAAGAAGCGCCCCAAGGCUGAGUCGUUCUUUAAGCCAAAGGCCCCCGAGCUGAGCAGCGAAGAGGAGCUGGCCAAGACAGAGAGACGAGAUAAAGCCAUUAAGGGAGAGCAGUUUGUGUUCUACGAAGACUGGGGGGAGACCCUGGUGGCUAAAAGCACCCCUGUGCUGUGUGUGUUGGACAUUGAGAGCAACAACGUUUCGGUCCUGGAGAGUGUUCCAGAGCACAUCUCCCCUGGGCAGGCUUUCUGGGCUCCAGGCGACACUGGGGUGGUGUUCACAGGCUGGUGGCAUGAGCCCUUCCGCCUAGGGUUGAGGUACUGCACCAAUCGCAGAUCAGCUGUCUUCUAUGUGGACUUGACAGGUGGUCGUUGUGAGCUGUUAUCAGACGACAGCAAAGCCAUUUGGUCUCCACGCCUGAGCCCAGACCAAUGUCGCAUUGUGUACCUAGAGAACCCGGCAUCUGGGCCUCACCAACAGUGCAGCCGUCUCUGCAUGUACGACUGGUACACAAAGCUCACUUCCGUCGUGGUGGAGAUUGUGCCUCGGCAGAGCCAAGGUGAAUUCACUGGGAUCUAUAGCACAGCACUGUCAGAGCGCUGCUGGGCAGCAGACAGCCAGAGGGUUGUGCUGGACACAAUUCAACGUAGCAGGCAGGAGCUGAUUGUAGUUGAUACAGCGUCAGGCAGUGUGUGCUCUCUCACCAAGGGUUCCCGUCUUGGAAGCUGGACCCUGCUCACUGUCGACCGAGAUCUGCUGGUGGCCAGAUUCUCCACUCCAAACUGCCCUCCCAUGCUUAUGGUGGCCUUCCUGCCUCCUGCUGGCAAGGAAGCUGAAGUUAACUGGGUGUGCCUGGAAGAAUCCAGCCCAAUUCAAGAAAUCUCUUGGGAUGUCCGUACCCUGCAGCCUCCUCCAGAACAGGACAACCCCCAGUAUGCGGGCCUCAGUUUUGAAGCCAUCCUACUCCGGCCCACUCAGGAGCCAAGGAAGGCCAAGUUUCCAUUAGUGGUGUCACCUCAUGGAGGUCCACACUCAGUGUUCACCACCAGCUGGAUGCUGUACCCAGCACUGCUCUGUCGGAUGGGGUUUGCUGUGCUGCUGGUGAAUUACCGAGGAUCACUAGGCUUUGGCCAGGACAGUGUGGACUCCCUUCCAGGGAAAGUGGGCAGUCAGGAUGUCAAGGAUGUGCAGUUCUGUGUGGAACAGGUGCUACAGGAGGAACUGGCGGAUCCACAGAGAGUGGCCGUGCUUGGUGGCUCCCAUGGAGGCUUCCUAUCCUGCCAUCUCAUCGGCCAAUACCCUGGCACCUACAAGGCUUGCGUGGCCAGGAAUCCCGUAGUCAACGUGGCCUCCAUGGUCGGAAGCACUGACAUCCCUGACUGGUGCCUGACGGAGGCUGGCUUACCGUACGACCAGACUGCCCUCCCAGAUCCCAGGCAAGGGGCAGAGAUGCUGCUUUGUUCACCUAUGCAAUACGUUGACAAGGUUCAGACACCUGUUCUUUUAAUGAUAGGAGAGGAAGAUAGACGUGUUCCCCCCAAGCAAGGCUUGGAGUAUUACCGUGCUCUCAAGGCCAAGGGUGUCCCAACCCGGAUGCUGCUUUAUCCGGGCAAUAACCAUUCGCUCUCUGGUGUGGAGGCCGAGGCAGACGGUUUCAUGAAUAUUGCGCUCUGGCUGAUCCAGCACCUGAAAUGAUGACUACAGAAGCUGGCCUACUCCUUUUGUAACCCACUUCCAUACUAAUAAGCAGCAUGGCCAGCCGACAUAAUCCAAGGCACUUCAAUUCCAAACAGCCACCAUAGGGACUGGUUACUCUGGUAUUCAUGUCGUCCAGAACAUGAAUAAGUACAUGGCAGAGAUCACCUUCAUCACACACUUUGUCAGAUCUUGCCUUCUGAUAAGUAGUUCCACCAUAGCAGGUGGAUUAUUUGGAGGUGUCAGGUGCUGGGUACUGAUUUUUGAAUCUGUCUUUAGCCUUAGUCUUUGGGGACACCAGGUGAACUACAAAGACUCCUGCUGCAAAAGUAAAUAAAACAUACCUGAUUGUCUAAGA